AAAUAGUACCACAUACCCACAACCAUAAUAAACAAGGUUUCGAGGUAAAUGUUCAAUAUAUAUUAUUUUGUACCGCUCGUUUUAACCCGAAACCCUCUCCGGCUGAUCAAGACGCGCCUGCUACCGGCACGCAGUUCAAAAACGGGAAGCGGAGUGAUACAAUACACACGAUCGUUGUCCCUAGUUGUCAAACCAAGGGAGGGUAGGCUACCUGAGCGAACAAGUCGCGUAGGUUGGGAAUGAAUAUAGAAAUUGGACAAAUAACUAAUUUGAUGUGCUGAAAUGACAGUUUUCAAUGCGGGAUCUAUAUAAUUUAGUUGAUUACUGCUGUUCCAUUGCAGCAGCUGCUGAUAUUUUUUUCCGUUUGUUCUCUUGGACGAUAAAAAGAUGAUCAUUAUAGUACUCCGUUACAGUGCCUAAGUUGUCAGUGAGCUGUCGGGGCGUGGCGGCAUGCAAUCCCCCUGAGCAAGACAGCGCCCUCCAGAGGUGACAGCAGGGAGGACAGGCAGCAGGAUGCCAGUGCAGGCGGCCCAGUGGACAGAGUUCCUCUCCUGCCCCAUCUGCUACAACGAGUUUGACAGCAGCGGCCACAAGCCCAUCAGUCUGGGCUGCUCGCACACUGUGUGUAAGACCUGUCUGCACAAGCUGCACCGCAAGGCCUGUCCCUUCGACCAGGCAGCCAUCAACACUGACAUCGACCUCCUGCCAGUCAACAGUGCCCUGCUACAGCUGGUGGGAGCUCAGGCUGUGGAGUCCCAGCCUGUGACUCUGAGCAGUGCUGUGGAGGUAGGGCAUUAUGAGGUGUGCAAGGUGUGUGUGGAGGAGCUGGCUCUCUAUCUCAAACCCAUCAGUGGAGGAAAAGGUGUGUUGACCCUCAGUCCGAGCGUACUCAGUCGGCCCAUGCAGAGGAAGCUGGUGACACUCGUCAACUGUCAGCUGGUGGAGGAGGAGGGGCGGUUGCGGGCGGUGCGGGCGGGCAGGUCGCUAGGGGAACGUACCGUCACAGAGCUCAUCCUGCAGCACCAGAACCCACAGCAGCUCUCUGCUAACCUGUGGGCUGCCGUCAGAGCACGGGGAUGCCAGUUCCUGGGGCCUGCCACGCAGGAGGAUGCUCUGAAGCUGGUGCUGUUGGCGCUAGAGGACGGCUCAGCUCUGUCCAGGAAAGUUCUGGUCCUUUUUGUGGUCCAGAAGCUGGAGGCUCGGUUCCCUCAGGCCUCCAAAACCUCCAUAGGACAUGUGGUCCAGCUGCUCUACAGGGCCUCCUGCUUUAAGGUGACCAAGCGUGACGAGGACUCGUCGCUGAUGCAGCUAAAGGAGGAGUUCCGUGCGUACGAGGUGCUGCGUCGCGAGCACGACGCCCAGAUCGUACACAUCGCCAUGGAGGCGGGGCUCCGUAUCUCCCCUGAACAGUGGUCCUCUCUGCUCUAUGGAGACCUCAUCCACAAGUCACACAUGCAGUCUAUCAUCGAUAAGCUCCAGUCCCCAGAGUCCUUUGCAAAGAGUGUCCAGGAGCUGACGAUAGUUCUACAGAGAACAGGAGACCCAGCCAAUCUGAACAGCCUCAGACAACACCUGGAACUACUGGCCAACAUCGACCACAACCCAGAUGCAGCGGUGGCUCCGUGGUGGGAGGAGCUGGAGAGUGUGAUGCUGGCUGUGAAGGUGGUCGUUCAUGGUCUGGUUGAGUUUAUACACAACUUCAGUAAGAAGAGCCAUGAGACAGCACAGCCGCAGCCCAACAGCAAAUAUAAGACCAGUAUCUGUCGAGACCUCCGGCAGCAGGGUGGCUGUCCCCGAGGAUCCAACUGCACCUUUGCACACACACAGGACGAGCUAGAGAAGAACAGAAUGAGAAACAAGAAGAUCAGUGGCAUGGGCCGGCCCUUCCUCCUGGCCCAGGGGAGUAUGGGUAGUGGUCUGAGUAUGGAGGGGGGCGACUCAGGAGAGGAGGCCUGCACUGGGGGUCUGAAGAGCUCAGAUAAGGGGGGAUCAGGGUCCCUAAAGGAGGGGGCCACACCCUCCCAGCUCAUCCCCAGGGGAGGGGAUAUUAUGGAGGAGAUGAAGAGGGAGAGGUCUGUACUUAACGGGUCCACAGGCUCCAGCCGCUCCUCAUCUGGCUCUAUGGAACAGAAGUCUAUUUCUCCCCCAAAGACACCGGUCAAUUCCUCCUCAGCUCCUUCUCCCUACGGCCCCGGGUCUAGACUAGAAUGUGACUCUGCCCACCCCAAACAGGCCCACUACCUAAUGAUAAGACCCCUUCCUCAGCCCCCUCCCCACCAACCUCAGUCCUCUGAACUGUGUUACCAGGACCCCCGACCUCCCUACGACGUGCAGCCCUACCAGCCAGCCAGUAACGGCUACCCCUCUGCGAUACACCACCACAAACCCUGCGUGGCUCGCUUCCUCCGUUCCAGCCACGUCCCAGAGUCCUCUCUACCUCCCUCCAUGGCCACUCUGUACUCAGAGCAGUACCCCUCCUUGCCCCCACCACGGGACCACGCUGGUCCCUCUCCCUACAGUCCCCCACCGGUCCCCCAGUACGGGCCCCUGGCCCCAGCCCACGGUGGCUACGCUCCCCUGUAUGACAGCCGGCAUAUGUGGAGGCCCCAGCUGUACCACCGCGAGGACGCCAGGAGUAACUCCCUGCCUCCAGAGGUGCUGCACUCUUCUGUGUACCAGCCCCCCCUCCGAGAGAGAUACGCCUCCCUGGACAGCCCCUACUGCUCAGCGGGGGAGCACAGAGCAGCACUGCACAGGGACUCUUAUGGGCGUGUUCCUCUUGGAUGCGAGGAUCUGUUCAAGCGGAAACAGGAGCAGUGGGCACACCAUCACCACGGCAACGUGAACAGGCCCUCCCAGUCCUCCCCCAUCUUCACCGUAGACUUUGGUGCAGAGCAUGAUGACGAUGGUGGUGGUCAGUGUAUGAACUGUAAGUUCCGUGGAGAGGAGAAUCUGUCCCACUACUCUCCCUGGUCCUGUGGAACCAUCAGUACCUGCAUCAGCCCCUUUGAACCAGAGCAUCACAAGGCCUCAGCUCACUCCCGCUCCGAAAACUUAGAAGUAGACAAUGGUGAAAGGACGCGGUGGCUACACACGUUUGAGCCCUACCGCCGUCUGAAAGACGAGGACCCCAGCAUACCGUUUGAGCCCUACCGCCAUCUGAAAGACGAGGACCCCAGCAUACCGUUUGAGACCUACCGCCGUCUGAAAGACGAGGACCCCAGCAUACCGUUUGAGACCUACCGCCGUCUGAAAGACGAGGACCCCAGCAUACCGUUUGAGCCCUACCGCCAUCUGAAAGACGAGGACCCCAGCAUACCGUUUGAGACCUACCGCCGUCUGAAAGACGAGGACCCCAGCAUACCGUUUGAGACCUACCGCCGUCUGAAAGACAAGGACCCCAGCAUACCGUUUGAGCCCUACCGCCAUCUGAAAGACGAGGACCCCAGCAUACCGUUUGGAGAGGGGCCCAUCAUACCAUUUGGAGAAGGGCCUAUCAUCUCCAAAUGGGGGGCGAUAUCCCGCGCCUCCCGUACAGGGUACCACACCACCGACCCGGUCCAGGCCACAGCCUGCCAGGGAAGCAACAGCACCAUCCCCAUCAACUUCAGAGAUUAUGGUCCACACAUCGGCCAUGGGGACUACAGGUGGAGCUCCGGGGGGUCUGACUCUUCCAGCCACUCCAGUUUCCUAGAGAGUGAACAGCUAGCCGCCCGUCGGCGGUCCUUCAGCAGUGGAGAGCAGGCUAGUGCAGGAGACAUGCUGCAGACUGACUACCGUAAAGACACGACAGAGCGUGAACUGGACAGAGACGUAGAACUGGAGCUGUCUCUACUAGACGUAGAAGACACUGAGCUGCAGGACAACAGUCAACAGUCUAAGAAGCCCCUGGAGCUGAGAGAGCCCCACCUCCUCACCCCUCCCAGCAGUGAACCCCAGAGGACACAGACAGACAAGCUGUCAGCAGACAAGAUGGAAGCUCAACUGCUGAAGAAGAUGGCCUUCAGGAGGUCUCUCUCCCCUGGAGGUCUGGGCUCAGGAGGCCUCAGCGUGGGGAAGCUGAUGAUGAGGACCGGCCCUCUGAGACUGGGGGACAUGGGCCCUUGCCCUAACACAGGCCCUGAGAUGCUGCUCAACGGGAACUGAGAGGGCAAACACACCUCACCCCCACGCCUGGUGGUCCCGGCCGGUGGUCCCAGCCGGUGGUCCCGGCCCAGCGCUACACAGCUCCUACACCUGCUGUCACAGUAACAUCUUAGGGUUGUAUAGGCCUGUAUCAUCAGACAGCGAUCAGGUCUCACCCCACUAAUAUCACCAGUCUGAGGGCAUAUUAUAUACAGUAUGCUACUUUAGACCACAGGUAGUGUUGUUUCAAACAUGACAAAGAGAGACGUAUAGUUCAGACACACACCAGUAGCCUCCGUCGCAUUUCCUCUUUUCUCAUCUCGGCAGGGUCUUUUUUUGAUCAAGUGUUUGUUUGUUUGUGUGUGCUGCUCGCUCUCCACUUCCUAUAAUGAUGAUAUGAUGGUGAUUAUCAUGCUUCACAUGGCAUCCAAUAGUUUUAUUUUUGUUAGUUCUACGAUGUUUCCAAGGUAACAAAGGUGUUCAGCACUGUUGUGUGUGUGUAUGCGAUCAGCAUCUGUUGACAUUGAGCUGAUGACAAUAACAGCACAUUACUAUGCAUUUGUAGUCAUAGGAAGGAUAUUUGCCUCUCGAAAAAUUCCAAGUCUUUACUUUGAAAAAAAACAGCGCUAAUUGAACAGGGUUUGUAUGUCUUAAAAGAGGAAGAUAAACAGGAGGAGAUGAAGGAUACCAACACUAGAUGUUGCUCUAGUCCAACUCCCAUCUACUUUAGACAUUGUAGUAGCCUAUCAAAGGUUCCUAAGGCUUGGCCGUGUUAUCCUGUGUGAUGUGUCAUUUGUUGGUCUCAAGCAUUUCAUAGAUGAGAUUCAAGACGAUGACGAUCAAUCAGAUGUCACCGCACUCACAUGUAUGCACAAUUGUGGCCUUUUUUUUAUGUUCGUAAAAUAUCUCUUCAUAUUUAUUCUUCACCAUGGGGUUAAUACAUUAAAAACACCAAAUAGUACAACAUGUAUCAACAAUCCUUGAUAUAUUCAACAGAUUUCAGUAUUCAGUGGUUCUGGCACCAUUAUUUAUUGCUAUCCUCUGUGCAACUGCAGCCAGGGAUUGAAUUGUAGUGAUCUGCUGUGAUGGAAUGAUACAUCAUACUUACAGUUAUCUGUACAGUGUAAUCACAUGACAUAUAUUCCCAAUGUAAACUGGUUGUUGCACCUCUUUUUGGUUCUGUGCAUCAAACUCAUAACCUGUGUUUACUAUGACAGAUUGUCAACAAACCAGCAGGUGAUUAUUGUGUUCCUUCACGCUGUCUUUGUUUAGUUUGGUCCCUGUUAAAACUUUUCACAAAUGUUUUGUUAUUUUCUUUCAAGCAUUGCUAACUUCCGUGAAGUUAUUUGUCAAAAUAUUUUCUAUCGGGAUCUCUGUUUUGUUUCGUUGUUGGUGGUAAUUUUUGGGAAGAAGUGAAAACGACCCAUCAGUCUGUCUCUAUAUUCAUGUUUCGAGCAGUCUAACGAAUACAGUCCAUCAUCAUUAUGUGAUCGCUACCGAGGGUCAUGCAUUGGCCUAAAAGGGUCAGUGUUAUUUUACUGCAGUUUUGUGCACUGAACGUUCUGUUUGCUGUCUUCUCCUGCCUGUGGGGGUGAAGAGAUUCGGGUGACGCUAUGUGUUAACUUGCAGCACUUAGAAAAACUCUCCUAUUUAUAAUAGGGUUUAUUUUGUUAUGGUCUGAAAGGAAGCAGACAGGCUAAGUGAGACACAACUUGACCAGUGAUUGAUAAUUCUUAAGGACUGCCCCAUACAUAUAUAAAGACAUACAGUAUAUCCAUUCUCUUAGCAUUACUGACAGGCUACUGUAUUUCUGUUGCUCUUCUGUUCCUGUUUCAGACUUUGACUUAAGAAAUUGUCUUAUUUUUAUUUUAUUUUUUAUUUCACCUUUAUUUAACCAGGUAGGCUAGUUGAGAACAAGUUCUCAUUUGCAACUGUGACCUGGCCAAGAUAAAGCAUAGCAGUGUGAACAGACAACAACACAGAGUUACACAUGGAGUAAACAAUAAACAAGUCAAUAACAUGGUAGAAAAAAGAGAAUCUAUAUACAAUGUGUGCAAAAGGCAUGAGGUAGGCAAUAAAUCGAAUAAUUACAAUUUAGCAGAUUAACACUGGAGUGAUAAAUCAUCAGAUGAUCAUGUGCAAGAAGAGAUACUGGUGUGCAAAAGAGCAGAAAAGUAAAUAAAUAAAAGCAGUAUGGGGGGUGAGGUAGGUAAAUUGGGUGGGUAGUUUACAGAUGGACUAUGUACAGCUGCAGCGAUCGGUUAGCUGCUCGGAUAGCAGAUUUUUAAAGUUGUUGAGGGAGAUAAAAGUCUCCAACUUCAGAGAUUUUUGCAAUUCGUUCCAGUCGCAGGCAUCAGAGAACUGGAAGGAAAGGCAUCCAAAUGAGGUUUUGGCUUUAGGGAUGAUCAGUGAGAUACACCUGCUGGAGCGCGUGCUACGGGUGGGUGUAGCCAUCGUGACCAGUGAACUGAGAUAAGGCGGCACUUUACCUAGCAUAGCCUUGUAGAUGACCUGGAGCCAGUGGGUCUGACGACGAACAUGUAGCGAGGGCCAGCCGACUAGGGCAUACAGGUCGCAGUGGUGGGUCGUAUAAGGUGCUUUAGUAACAAAAAGAAAUUGUCUUAGUGUCAUAUUGUGUACAAUCAAUCAUCCAUUGUUGUCUAACGGUGGACAGGGCCCUUUAGGGGAUAGGGGCCUUUGGGUAUAAGAUGUGGGAGGGACCAGGGAGUCUAUUAAGGUUUAGAACCUGGUCAAGUUCAAGGGUAGUGUUGUGAUUCUAGACCAAUCUAUCUAGCUCCUGUAGUUUAGGUUUGUUCCAGCAGGGAGUGCUAGAGCCUAGUCUCUGCAGCCCUUAGUGAUUGAGAAGUUAUGUUGCUAAGCUACUGAUGAAGGGUUUAUUCAUUACGCCGAUUCUGUUGCAGGAAGCAAACGGAACGAAACGAGGAGGGACAUACCUGAAUUUGUCCAAUAGAAACUCAUUUUAUUUGCAAAACGUAAUGUUUUGCAACUGUUUGGCUAAUGAUUACACCCCUGAACGCAUCUUCAGCACUGAAUAUUAUGGGUCAUGUGCGCAAAUAUUUUCAUUCAUGAAUAUAGUUUAAUGUAACUUUUCACCACAUAAAUUGUGUUUAAGGAGGGAUUUAUAAUUUUGCUAUAAUGUGUCCUUUUAUGUUUGGAUUCAAUACCAAUAGUAUUACCCAGUUGGGAAGGGAAUGGGCACAUUAAGAACAGGGAGUUAUGUAGGUAGAGUUCCCGGAUUGUUCCAGUGCCUGUCUAAUGACUCACUGGUGUAAUGAUCUGAUCGCACUGCACUUCCGACGUCAUCAUUGCAAGAUGUUCUUACUCCCCACUAUCCAGCCAGUGCCCCAGGUCAUGCAUGCUAGUCCCUCUUGUUGUCAUGGCGAAGGAGGAAGUACAUGAUUCUGUAGUUGUGAUACAACACACCCAGCGAUGUAAGUGUUCUGCACAUGCCCACUGUGUGGCCACGCCAAGUAUUUUAGCCUGCCUGCAGCAUUUGACUGUUUACUGCUUCUGAAAUGCUUUAUUAUUGAUAACGAUCAAUGUAUUAUUAUUACUUACUUCCAUCAUUGGUUGAGUUGUAGUACUUCACUCUGGAUAAGUCAAGUCUGCUUCUUCAGUUGAAUUUUGAAAAUUUGCUGAAUAGUCAAAGUUAGCCGAGGAUGGUCUUGUAAGGUGAAAACAUUUGCCUGUUUGUCAAUUGUACAACUAUGGCGGAACUGAUGUUUUAAUAUUUAUGUCUGUAUUAGACAUUUUCUUAGCAAAUCUAUUGUUCGAUUGAAAUGUUAAUGAAAUACAAGAUGGUGCACACAUCCAUCAUUAUUGUACACAGCUGGCACCAUCGUUAGAUGGACUAACUGCUCGUUUAUACAACAAAAUGUAAUCAGCUAUUUAAAUAAAUACUGAUAUAGAGGGACAAAUAUAGGUUUCAGAAUGAUGAAACUGGCUGAGACAGCAUAAACAAAUGUCUAAAUGAAUAAUAUGUAUUCCAUUUAUUUCAUUUGAAAUAUCACUUUGUGAAAGGUUUCCCUGCAUUGCAAGGCAAUAUCCUGAACCAUAUUCUUAGUUUGAAGUAUUGAUUGUGUUCAGAUGUGACCAGCCAACUGCCUGACCCGUUGGUUGUCUUUGUGUGCUAUUUGCUCCUGCACUGACAGCUUGGCCAAGCAGAAUACUCUGAUACUAUUUUGAUGGACCAGGCAGACCUGUGAAAUCAGAGGGAGAUGUCAGUACCUGAAACUUUGCAUGCUACAAUAAAUGAAAAACAAACAAAAAUG